GUUGCUUCUGUAUCACUGUAAGCACACAAAAAUGAUAGCGUUUACAGCUGGAUUCGACCUUGUUCUGAGUCUGUGCAAUGAUACCGAUAAUGGUUUUCUGCGCAGACGCUCGACGCUUGAAUCUUGUGUUGGAAACGCGCAUGCGUCGGACAAUUCUAACCAAUUUAUGUUUAUACACAUGUGUGUACGUGAUCACGUCAGAGUUAGCGAUUAUUCAAAAAUAUGGAUAACAAGUAUUGUACGGAGGAGAACAAGACUGUCGUUGCGGAUACAUCGCCCGAGUUACCAUCGAAUAUGAGCAAGCGUCAAUUCAAGAAAAUGCAGAAGAUGAAAAAGUGGCUGGAGCAGAAGGAUGAAAAGAGAUUGCGAGAGAGGGCUAAAGCGAGGGAGAAACGUGCUUAUGCACGUGCGAAUAAUUUGAGCCUAGGACCAUCGCGGAAACUGUUAAAGAAAAGCACCAUGGCCAUUAGUCCCUGCAAGCUGAUGGUAACCAUCGACUUGUCAUUUGAUGAAUUAAUGAUCGACAAAGAUAUCGCCAAGUUAACGAAGCAGAUAUUGAGGUGCUAUACCUUAAAUAGAAGAGCGAUAGCACCGAUGCAAUUUUCCCUCACCAGCUUCACUGGCAGGUCACGAGCUGAUAUGGAAAAACACAAUGGAUACGAACACUGGGAUGUGAACUUUCACACCGAAUCAUACAUAAACAUUUAUCCCAAAGAUAAAAUCGUGUAUCUUACGAGCGAGUCGGAAAAUGUGAUAGAUCGUCUCAAUCAUGAAUGGGUAUACAUUAUAGGCGGCCUUGUCGAUCAUAACGCGCAUAAGGGUAUAUGCUACAAGCUAGCGAAAGAUGCGGGUAUCAGACAUGGACGAUUGCCAUUGGAUAAGUUUCUACAGAUGAAGGCGAGGAAGGUGUUAACCAUUGACCAUGUUUUCGAGAUACUAUUAAGAGUCACAGAGGGCAAUACCUGGCAAGAGGCAUUUUUAAAGGUAUUACCAGAGAGAAAAAAUGCUAAACCAAUCGUUCCUGUCCUGCAAUCCAAAGAAGACGAAUCACUCCAAGAUCCGAUGCCUGUUGAUGUGAAUAGUGCAAUACUAGUCAAUGUAAAUAAUACAAUGCAAAUUGAUGUAAGUAAUACAAUGCCAGUUGAUAUACAUAACGUUUGCAAUCAAGAGAAGGAUAAUAAACUUGAAAGUAACGUAGAAUCAAAAAAAGUCUUAGAAGAGCACCUGUGUGCAAUAUAAAUGCAAAUAGUAAUUUAAUUAAUGUCAAACUCGUUGUCUCUUGCAAAGUUAAGAGUGCGAUGACUUUUUGAAAAAUUUUUGACUAUAAGUUU